AACCUUGUGCAACGGUUGCUAGGCAAGCAAUUCUACCAUCUAAGCUACACCCUCCGCUCUCCCUCAGGGAUUUAAACGCCUUUGAGUAACAAGUUCGAGGUAGCGUGGAUGCAGUUUUAACGUACAUAAGCGAGCCAACCCACAAAACCUGCCCUGGGGAUCACGCACGCGGCUCUGGGAGCGAAUCACCAGGACUGGCAGAGGCCCUACUGAGCGAGGGCAGAGUUGCCGAGAGUUGACGACCAGAGGCUGAGCACUUACAGUGGAAACAACCUAGCUCGGUGUAGUCUGAGGUCCCUGCCUACGACGCACCCACCAUGGCGUCUGCUGUCCUUGGGCUGACGCUGCGCUGGGUGAUGUUCCUCAGUGCCGUGCUGCUGUUGCUUCUGCCCGGAGCCUCUGCGCAGGAGCCUCCAGGAGUGGGUUGCUCUGAGUACACAAACAGAUCCUGUGAAGAGUGCCUCAGGAAUGUCUCGUGUCUCUGGUGCAACGAGAACAAAGCGUGCCUGGACUACCCAGUGAGGAAAAUCUUGCCCCCUGCCUCUCUUUGUAAAUUGAGCUCCGCUCGCUGGGGCGUAUGCUGGGUGAACUUUGAGGCCCUGAUCAUCACCAUGUCGGUGCUUGGGGGCUCUGUGCUCCUGGGCAUCACCGUGUGCUGCUGCUGCUGCUGCCGCCGAAAGAGAAGCCGGAAGCCAGACAAGAGCGAUGAGCGGGCCAUGAGAGAGCAGGAGGAGAGGAGAGUGCGACAGGAGGAGAGGAGAGCAGAGAUGAAGUCAAGACACGAUGAAAUCAGGAAGAAAUAUGGUCUGUUUAAAGAACAGAACCCAUAUGAGAAGUUCUGAGGGAGCUGGCACACAUCUGCGGUGGAUCAGUGCAGCUCCAAAGUUUGCUGGGAGAGCACUCCUCAGCAUAGCCUGUGGAGACCUCGCCACCACAGCCACCCUUGACCUGGGCGAUCCCUCCAGUCUCAGCACUGGCACCGGCCUUGAGAGGACAAUCCUGCUCUUGUUCCCUCUCUGUCUGUCUGUAAUCACCUGAGACCUUAAUCUCCACGAUGUCCUUUUUGGGGGGAGGAAAUGUACUUGGUCCCCACACUCUGCAAGCCGAUUAUGAAGCUAGCAGCCUGAGGCGCUGACUGGCUCCGAGUGGCCUUGCUGGAAGAUUCUCAUUGCAACAGACAAGGGUCGCACUUGCUUUGUUAUGGCAAGAGCUGGCCACCCACCCCCUCCCCUUCCUUCCCAAAGGCUGUGUUUUGUCUGUAGGCCCUCUGCUGUGACAUGCUGUUUUAAUUUCAGUGACCUCUUGGAAGGCACUGUCCCCAAGUUCUAGCCAAUAGCACAAAAGCUUAUAAAGCCACCUGAAGUCUUUAAUCCCUCAGGAGGCAGUCCUACCAAAACCUGUCAUGAGAAGUUCAGGCUUCUUGCUGGCAUUUUUCGUUCCUCUUUACUAGACUGAGAAUCUACCCCCCAUGGGACACCGGGGCUGUGAAUUCGGUUUGAUCCUCAUAUGAGGGUUGAGCGUCUGCCUCAGGCUUCUCAGCUUUGCUGGUGUACAGAGUCCCGGGUCCUCAGAAGGGCUUUUGUGUAGGUCUUGAACAUCUCCCCUCUACAAGUCAGGCGGCUGUUCAGGUGGUUCUGUUUGUAUCGUGGAGGAUGAACAGCCUGGUCACCGGUCAUCCCGCUGUGGUAGCUGAGUGUGUAGGAGGUUAGGAGGACCCCAUACCGUACUGCCUACCAGGAAGCUGCCUGAGCUGACAUAUACACCCACCUCACUUCUCGCCCUGCCUCCAGCCAUCCCUCAGAUAGCUGUGUCUGACACAUCAGCAUGGGCCCUUGGAAGGAAGGUUGUCAGGGGACACUCAGGUCCCCGUGAUUCCGUCCACACUGAACAGUUCUCUGAAAUCCAGAUGUGUCCCUAGUAAGCAGAUGACCACCCUAUGUCAAGGUAAGGAGGGAAGAUACUGCCCCUAGGAAAGCAGCGGGAAAGCAGCCACCAGCAGAUGAGGUGGUCUCACUGUAGGCUCCCCUCAUGCCUGAGGCCUCACCUAGCAGCUCAGUAGCCUUCCAACUGUCAGUCUGUCCAGGGAUUAACAUUUCUCUCUUCUGAUUUCCACAAACUAAGGGAGUCUUACAUUUCCGCCUUGUUAGGCAUUUGAUGGAAUUGAAAGCAUUGUCAAACACUUCCUAAGUAUUGUAACAGCCGUUGAGAGUUAUCUUUCAUCUGUUGAAAGGGAACCCUCGUCACAGGCCUUGAUGAACUUGGUAUUAAUAUGUAGCACCAUACAUUGUAUCAGUUAGGUUGCUGAGCUGGUGUUAGAGUAACCAACUGCUAAAAUCGGAGUAUUUAAUUCUCCAGCCUAGAGAUGUUGGUAGAGAUGCUCGCAGGAGCUGUCUGUGCCUGCCUCUGAGCAGCAGGGAGAGCAGCCACAGAACCAAGCCCAUCACACCCAGUGCCUUAGUUUUUAACCACUAUCCAAUAAAAUGGUUGAAUAUGC